UGCAGGCAGUCGUGCUUUGGUGCCCGAGGUUAACAAUGAUGUGGAACCCGUCCCACAGAUGUUCAGGGUAGUGCACUACACCCACUACCUGCCCUUUGCAUGGAAACAGCAGGGGUUAGCAAGCAGAUUGACUAGGAAGGAGUUCUCACAUCUGUACGAGUUCAAAGCUCUCUUCUUGAUCCAGGAGACCCUGAGUGUGGCUAUUACACCUUUCAUACUCUGGUAG